GUGUUUCAAUAAAACCCUUGCUUGCGAUCGAGCGGCAAUGUUUUCGGGGCAAAUCCCUAGCUCGUCGAAAAGUAAGACCGUAUCGGCAGGGCAGGGCUAGAUCUAGGCGCUUGGAGCUGGGCCUAGCGGGAUCGGUACUGUGAGCUGGGAUCAGGCGGCUGCGCCUGGCUCUGGAUCUUUGCUGGAUCGGCGCUUCUGUGAGGUCGAAAAUGCCGGAUUUCCUAGCUGGGUGAGCGAAAUUCUGGCUCCUCGAUUCUUUCUAGGAUGUAGAAUGGGGGAGAUUUAGUUCUAGGUUUGAGCGAUAGACCAGAUUUUUUGGCGCUAGUGAGCCAAGAUGGAGAAUCUUCGCGUUUUGGCGGAGUCGAUGCAGCAGGCAUCGGCGCUUCUAUCCGAUCAGGAAGGAGAAGAAUCGCUGGACCAGUACUCGAGUUUUCUCAGCGUGGUAGCUCUUGGUAACACUGGCGCUGGAAAGUCAGCGGUUCUAAACAGCUUGAUUGGCUACGCAGUGCUGCCAACCGGAGAGAAUGGGGCAACCCGUGCACCUGUGACUAUCGACCUGGAAGCUGACGAUUCAGGAAAUAAACGAGGGCUUACAGUACAGAUGGAGGGCAAGUCUAUGCAAGUUUCUGCAACCGACAUACGACAUUCUCUUCAAAACAAGUUUGGCAGAAUGUCAACCGGUGCUGUGAAGGAAAAUAUCCAUUUGAAAUUGAAGUGUUCUUCAGCACCACCCCUGAAGCUGGUCGAUCUGCCUGGGCUUGAGAGUAGAUCAGUUAGCGAUUCCCUGGUCCGCGAGUACAUCGACAGCAACGAUGCUCUUCUGCUCGUUGUGAUUCCUGCUACUUCUGUGCGGGAUAUAACGGGAUCGCAGGCCCUGAAAAUUGCACAGGAUAUCGACCAUGAAGGCUCAAGAACUGUUGGUGUCAUCAGCAAGAUUGACCAAGCGGCUUCGGAUCCCAAAAGCUUAGCAGCAGUUCAAGCUGUUCUAUCCGGACAAGGGCCGUCGAUCACAUCUAAGUUCACAUGGAUAGCUUUGAUUGGUCAAUCCGUCUCGAUUGCUGGAGCUCAUUCCAAAGACGAUUCUUUGGAAACUGCUUGGAAGGCGGAAAUGGAGUCUUUAAAAUCCAUUCUUGGCGGGGCAUCGUCAAGUAGACUUGGAAGAUCUUCGUUAGUAGAGGCUAUUGCGAAGCAGAUUCGGCAACGGAUGCAACAGCGUCUUCCCAGCCUCCUUUCCAGUCUGGAAGGGAGGUCACAAGACGUGGAGGAAGAGCUGGUAAGACUUGGUGAAAAGAUGGUAGAAACGGAAGAAGGUACACGUGCGGUAGCACUAGAGCUUUGCCGUGAAUUUGAGGACAAGUUUUUGGAGCAUAUCAACAGUGGAGAGGGAGGAAGUUAUAAGGUUGUUACGAGUUUUGAAGGAACGCUACCAAAUAGAAUAAAACAGCUUCCACUUCAGGAGCUCUUUGACUUGAAUGGUUUGAAAAAGGUCGUCUUGGAGGCCGAUGGAUAUCUGCCUUAUCUUCUGUCACCUGAGAAAGGUUUGCGGGAGCUUAUUCGUAGAGCAUUGGACCUAGCAAAGGAUCCAGCUAAAAGCUGCGUUGAUGAGGUGCACAGAGUUCUAGUUGAUAUCGUUUCAUCCGCAGCAUCGGCUACUCCUGGUUUAGGAAGAUUUCCACCUCUAAAACGCGAGAUGAUAUCUGUUGCGAGUUCUGCGCUCGAUGAAUACCGUACAGAAGCUAAAAGGAUGGUCGUUGAUCUUGUGGACAUGGAAAGAGCUUAUAUUCCACCUCAACAUUUCACGCGGCUUGUGCAACGCAGGCUUGAUAGAGUUCGUCGAGAGGAUGAAGUGAAGAAUAAAACGAUGAAAAAAGCACAGGAAGCCGAACAGGCAAUUCUUAACAAAUCAUCAUAUAACCCUGCUGCUCAAGCUAACGGGUCUUUAAAGUCCGCAAAGGACGGCGAUGGAAAGGACGUGCCGGAGAGUUCAGGCGCGGAGAAAGAUAAAACUGGCUAUUUGUCAAAAAGAAGUGCUACAAGUGCAGAUACAUGGAAUAAGCGAUGGUUUGUUCUGAAUGAAAAGUCAAAUAAACUUGGAUACAUGAAAAAACCUGACGAUAAGCGUUUCCAAGGAGUUAUCAACCUUGAGGAAUGUUUGAUUGAAGAGCUGUCUGAGGAAGAAUUGGCAGAAGGACGUCCUUCUAAGUCUAAAGAGGCUUCAAAACAAGCCAAUGGCCCCGAGCCUAAUCUCACCAUUAAAAUAAGCAACAAGGUUGCUUAUAAGACUGUUCUCAAAGCUCAACAUGUUGUUGUUCUCAAGGCUGAAUCUAUGGCAGAAAAAACGGAAUGGAUGACUAAGUUGAGACAAUGUACUGAUCAAGGGAAAGGUUCGUCAAAAGCAGUAGUCGAAGUGGUGACUCCUUUGAGAACGAGCAUGUCUGAUGGUGCAUUGGAUACUGUCAUUACGAGAAGAGCAGAUCCAGAAGAAGAGCUUCGGAUCAUGGCUCAAGAAGUUCGUGAUUACGUGGAGGCAGUAAUGAACAGUCUUUCAGCAAACAUCCCCAAGGCAGCAAUAUUUUGUCAGGUCGAAAGGUCCAAGGAUUCAAUGCUCAGCACGCUGUACAAGUCCAUAAGUGCACUUCCUACUCCGACUAUAAAAGAGCUCUUGCAAGAGGAUGCUCAAGUAAAACGUCGAAGAGAGCGGUGCGAGCGCCAAGCCUCGGUACUGUCGCGACUUGUAAGACAAUUGAGCAACAACGAGGCGCGAGUGACAAUGAGCAACGGAUACAUCGAGGGAACGCAAAAUGGAUAUCACGGUGGAGACGAUUGGAGAGUAGCAUUUGAAGAAGCAGCCAAUUCUCCCUCUCCUCGAACACCAAGCGGCUUUUCUUCGUCUUCGCGCAGAUCUUUAACACCCCACCGCGGUGAAGCUCUAGAAAACGGCGACUCUUCUCGAAGAACUCCAACCAGGAGACCUCCUCCUCCAGUUCCAGGCAUCGGGGUUCCAACAUACAGACAAUAGAAAUCCCGGUUUUCUCAGUAAAGUGAUUCUUUAUAUGGCUUGGUACGUGAUAUCUUACCUUGAGUU